UGUAGUUCACGGGGUUGGAAGAGCCUCCAGAGGUUUCUGGUCAGUAUUUCUUAGCAACGUAUAAGUCAGAGAAAAUCGUGGGGAAGGACGGCGCUAAUCUUUGGAUGAACUUGAGAAAUGGAGGGCAAUGAGGCCAGGCGCGUGCUGGGCUUCGCGCCCAAUUCACGCCCUAGGCCCUCUGAGGUUAAAGCAGCCUACAAAAAGAAGAUAUGGGAGGCUCAUCCUGAUCUGUUUCCGGCCCAUGAAAAGCCUCAGGCAGAGUCCAGGUUCAAACUGAUUUCCCAAGCUUAUGCAUGCCUGCUGUCUGGUGGAAGAGGAGAUGCUCUAAAUUCAGCUGAGUAUUCAAGAGUCGUGAGAACUGGAGUCCCAAGGGCUACUGGAGGGAGGAAAAAUCAUCCUUUAAUUAAACUACCCUUUAUUCUUAUUCUGGGAACGGCUGCACUUGGAGGUGUAAAUGCUGCAAGGGCUUACAAAAAGCAAAAGGAAGACUACCCUUCGCACAAUCCAUUUCUUCCUUGACGCCUAGCAAAGACCAUCAUGCUUUUUCGGGGAUUACACGUUUGUGUGUCUUGUAGAGGUGUCCUGGAGCUAGUGACUUUGUUGGAGGCAGAAUGACUAAGGUCUCUUGCCUUGUCUUCUGAUACAGGUUAAUCCUUCUGAUUAGGGGUAUUCUUUCUAAUAAACAAUAAUAGAAUGACAAAGAUAGAGGGGAAAAAAAAUUUAAAGAUUGUUCUAAAUACAAUAUACUACCUCCUGCACUUAAUAUAAGGACUAGUUGGAGGGUUGAGUUUGGUCUUAAAUAUAAGACUUUAAUUCAUUUUA